AUGAAAGAUAUGAAUACGGAUCAUCACUGUAGUUCACCAAGAACGCCAAAUGUUCGGCAUAGAAGACGCUCAAUGGAGUUUCCUCCUGAGAUAAGCAAACCAAAUGGAAACCAUUUACUUGUGGAUGAUAAAUCUAAAUACAGAUCAAUGUGGAUCCGUGCAUGCUCAUCUCUGUGGAUGCUAGCAAGUGUUUCAUUUAUCAUAUACUUGGGUCAUCUUUACAUCUGGGCCAUGGUUGUUAUUAUCCAAAUAGUUAUGGCCAGUGAGCUCUUCAAUCUAUUGAGAAGAGCUACUCAAGAUAAACGUCUCCCUAGGUUUAAGCUCUUGAACUGGCAUUUUUUCUUCACAGCAAUGCUAUACGUUUAUGGCCGAAUUAUCAGUCAACAACUUGUGAAUACAGUAACCUCAGAUAAAUUCUUCUAUAGACUUGUGAGCAACCUGAUCAAGUAUCAGAUGGUUAUAUGUUACUUCUUAUAUAUUGCAGGUUUUGUAUGGUUUAUUCUUUCAUUAAAGAAGAGAUAUUACAAGUAUCAAUUUGGCCAGUAUGCAUGGACACACAUGAUACUUAUUGUUGUGUUUACCCAGUCUGCAUUCACCGUAGCCAAUAUAUUUGAAGGGAUAUUCUGGUUUCUUUUCCCUGCAUCCCUUAUUGCUAUGAAUGAUGUUGCUGCAUACUUCUUCGGUUUCUUUUUUGGGAGAACACCUCUGAUCAAGCUAUCUCCAAAGAAAACAUGGGAAGGUUUCAUUGGAGCAUCUGUUGCCACUAUGAUUGCUGCAUUUACGUUUGCAAACUUCUUGGGUCGCUUCCAGUGGUUAACAUGUCCAAGGAAGGAUUUAUCAACUGGUUGGCUUCAGUGUGACCCUGACCCAAUUUUUAAACCAGAGUACAUUCCAUUGCCAGGAUUGAUUUCUCAUUGGUUAAGUUGGAAAGAGAUAGCAGUUUUGCCAGUACAGUGGCAUGCCUUGUGGCUGGGACUAUUUGCAUCCAUUAUAGCACCAUUUGGAGGAUUUUUUGCUAGUGGUUUCAAAAGAGCUUUUAAAAUCAAGGACUUUGGUGGCAGUAUACCUGGACAUGGUGGAUUCACUGACAGAAUGGACUGCCAGAUGGUAAUGGCUGUUUUUGUUUACAUUUACCAUCAAUCAUUUAUUGUCACCCAAGGCUAUUCAGUUGAGAUGUUUUUGGACCAGAUAAUGAGGAACCUUGGUUUAGAGGAGCAACUAGCUCUCUACACAAAACUCGGGCAGAUAUUACAAGAAAGACGUUUUAUCCAGACAUGACAAGUUCACUAUGUACAUUUUAUCAAGUAUGC